UUUCAGCCGCUCAAUGAUACUUUUAUUUGUCUUGUAUUUUGCUGGUGUGAUAUGCAACAAUAUAUCUGACUCACCUCCACAACUGGGGAACGGUGACGUCCGAAAUUUCCCGUUCAGCCUGCGUAAGUCCGCAAGCAUUAAUGGCACAAUAAGGAAAAGUCAUUUUAACAUCCAUUACACAAAUUUUGAACAAUCGAAUAUGUUAGAUCUAUUACGAAUCCACAUACGCUUACAUGAUGUCAACAGGUCCAUGGGCAUUGGUAAAUUGCUGCAAGUAACUUGUCAGCGUUCAUUCGAUGCUAUAUCAUUUGCAAUACCAACCGAAAGUGGUGGUAUAGAAGAUGGUGUGAUAUUACCUGGCCUGGAUGUGGAAACUGUGGGACCAUCUUUUGAUAAUAGAUCUAUUUAUUUGGUCAUUUUGGUAACAGCGAAUUCAAACAACAUCUUGACUUACAGCAUCUUUGUCAAAAUUUAUGAUCGAGCUCAAUACAAUGUCAUUCUGCGUGCGCCGAAAUUCAGCCGUGCUGUUUUGAAUCAGAAGAUCUCAACAAUAAUACCAAUCGCAUUCAGAGUCCACAUUUCUGAUGUUUCUGUUCGAAUGCUUAAGAUAGCUGUGAAAAGUAACGAUAAUUCCUGUGCUUUUAUGGUGGUUCAAAACUAUUCGACUGCAUUUCUGCAUUCUGGAAUGCAUACUUCGUACUCCAUGCGGGUGGCAUUCACUCGAAAAGCAUCACUCAUAGUGCUGGCAAAUUCACCGCUUCAUGUUUUCGUAAUGAUGGUAAAUGAUGACCGUGCAUGCAAUACAUUUGCUCCGAAUCGUGCGUUUGCAUUCGAGAAGUAUAACAGCAGGAAGAAACUGGAUAUUAAAUUUAGUCGCGUAGAAUCAAUUUCAUUAUGUCCGUUAGUGGUGACAAUGUUUUAUUUGACAUUAACCAUAAUCUUUCUUGCAAGCAAUCAAUUAAUGCCACAUCUUCAUGACAGUCAGGACGGAAGUGAUAUACCGCUGAUCGUUCUGUUAGAUGGAGACAGUUCAGGAAUACCUUCAAGUUCCUCACAUCAGGAAAUCAUACCUGUAAACAACUCACAUAAUAUUCUUGCUGAUAUUCAAAUGAAGGAAAAACAGCAACCUAUGAAAGAUACCGCAUUGUUGAAAGCUACUGAACAAUGUUCCAUCAGCACCGAUACUAAUGAAAUUACCAUGCGAAGUUCUGAGAAUGUAUUUCAUUUAAACUGGAAUGCCUAUAUACCUUAUUGUGCUUCGUUGCCAGUUGUGCUUCAAUAUUUUUAUACAUUAUUAUUGGACCAACUGAUGUUGAUAAAAGACAAUUUGGAUGCUUGCUAUUACAAUAUGGAAUGCUCGGUUACAUUAGGGCCGUUUAAGACAUUUAAUCAUAUGUAUAGUAAUAUUGGGUAUUUUUCACUCGGUUUAGUUUUCAUCAUUUUAAUCAGCCGUCGGUAUAAGUACUGUAUGUAUCGCCGCUAUGCUAAAUAUAGUUAUUGUCCACAUGUAUUUCUUAAUGUUGGUAUAAUGAUGUGUUUGGAGGCUUUUGCCAGUGCUUUCUAUCAUAUUUGCCCAAAUUCUUCAGCUUUUCAUAAUGAUACAUUAUUUGUCGAAAUUGCUUUGGUUCUUUUAAUGGUACGGUUCUAUUUUGCUCGUCGUGGCGGUAUUUCAUUAAGUGGAAUUUUCCAGUCAAUUUCAUUUACCAUUUCUUUCCAUUUUACUAGCAAUAUGUUAAAAGAUAACUUCUAUUCAUUAUGGAUUAUUCUUACAUCGGGAUUGCUGUUGCUUAUCGCUUUUCAAUAUCAUUUAUUGUUUAGCAGUCAGUCAUCUGUUGAAUCUAUUCCAUUACGAGACUGGAGGAAAUGGUUGGUUUAUUGUCGGCAGUUACUCGCAGGAAACGGAAGGGAUAAAAGUUUGAGGUUGAAGAAGAUAUUGUUGGUUUGCAUAACUGCAUGCAAUAUUGCACUAGCGUUAUUAUUCGAAACAAGUCUAUUGCAGACAUCAUUCAUGACACUUUAUAUUACAAUGCUUAAUGCUGCUGGCUACUUUAUUUACUACAUUUCUUGCAAGAUUAUUAAUGGUGAAACAGUCCUCAUACAUGCUUUCGUUUAUACCAUUGCUUCAUUUCUGCUUUGGAUUGCUGCUUUUUAUUUCUUCAACCGUGACAAGACUGAUUGGACUCUGACAGCAGCACAAAAUCAUGCUGUCGAUGAGGAAUGCAUAAUGUUCCAGUAUUUCGACUAUCACGAUAUUUGGCAUUUUACUUCUUCUCUGGCAUCGUUCUUCUCAUUACUCGCCGUUGCCGUCCUUGAUGACGAUAUCAUGAUUUCCGACUCCGAUUUUGAUCGACAGAUAAUUUCCACCUUUUGA